AGGUGGAGGGGGUUUUUUGUCUCGUCUUAUUGUGACUAUGGAGGCCAAGCAGGAGUCAACAUCUGUGUGGAGCUCAGCACCCAACAAUGACACUGGAAAUACACCUGAGGUGCAUUUUGAGACCGGUGCGGUGGCUCAGAUCGUGUACAGCGGAGAGCAGUCUGACCGCGCUCAGCAGCAGGUUGUAUAUGCUGCAGAUGGAAGCUCCUACACCUCCGUCGAGUCUGCCGAACACACACUGGUGUACAUACACCCAGCCGACGGAACGCAGGCGGUGUUUACAGAUCAGCCCCAAGUGGCCUACAUUCAGCAGGAUGGAACAACACAACAGGUGACUGUGCUGUUACCAAGCGGGCAGAACAUGAACACUGCAAAUCUACACGUGUUGAGUAACGUAGCUGAUGGCCCACAGGCGAUCCUGGAACCUGUGACACAGAGCCAACUUGCUGUGACUAAUGCAGCUCUGCCCAACAUGCCGGAGGCCUCAUCGAGUCCCCUCGGGGCCACAGAUUCCACAGUGGAUUCAGAGGAUGAGGAAGAAGACAACGAUAGCGACGAUUCUGAAAUGGAUGACUGGGAACCCAGGACGCCCCAGCCGUUCACCCCUCAGAACCUCUGGUGUGAAGACUGUAAUAAUGCUAAUCCUGGAGCAUGUAUAAAACACGGUCCUCUGCACCCCAUCCUGAACCGCCCUGUGAUGUCCAAGGCUCGGGCCAGUCUUCCUCUCAUCCUGUAUAUCGACCGCUUCCUGGGCGGAGUCUUUACUAAGAGGCGUAUCCCCAAACGCACACAGUUCGGUCCUAUAGAGGGGCCACUGGUGCGACAGAGUGAACUGCAGGACACACACAUUCAACUGAAAUUAUACAUGCUAGACCCUGAGAAAGAAGGCGAGAGGGCAGAGGACCUCUGGUUUGACCUGUCUAAUGAGGAGCGAUGUAACUGGAUGAUGUUUGUCCGGCCGGCCCAGAAUCACCUGGAGCAGAACCUGGUGGCUUAUCAGUACGGAUCGGACAUUUUUUACACCACCAUUAAGAACAUUCAGCCCAAACAGGAGCUUAAGGUAUGGUACGCUGCAUCGUAUGCUGAGUUUGUCAGCCAGAAGGUUCAUGAUGUCACAGAUGAAGAGAGAAAAGUUUUACGUGAGCAGGAGAAGAACUGGCCGUGUUAUGAGUGUAACAGACGGUUCGUGAGCUCAGAGCAGCUUCAGCAGCACUUAAACAUGCACGAUGACAAGCUGAACCUCAUCCAAAGGCCAAAGGGCCGUGGCCGAGGACGGGGCAGGAAGCGAUUCGGCGCCGCAAGGCGACCAGGACGACGUAUGAAAUUCAUCUGCCCACAGACUCCUGUUGAGAGUGCUGACAAGACACAGGAGCUCUUAGCAUCUGUAGAUAAACUACCGUUUGAGGAGAGGACAGACGGCGCUCUCAAUGGGCUGAAGGUGGUGGAGAUGGCAGCCGAAUCGAUGGAGACUGAGACAGAAGAAGGGCUUGAUACCCCAGCAACCCACACUGAGGAGCUGCAAGAGGAGGGGGAUUCUUUCACCCCACCUCCAGCCACAGAAGUCCCGGGGUCUGCCAAAGAGGACCUGUCUCAGACAAGUCCCGAAGACCCUCACCUCACACCGCAGGACAUGAGGAGGGCGAGGAGGAUUAGGGUGGACUUGCAGAAUGCCGCUCUCCAGCAUCUUUUCAUCCGUAAGUCCUUUCGACCCUUUAAAUGUUCUCAGUGCGGGAAAGGCUUUCGAGAUAAAGACAUGCUGGACCAGCACAUGCGAUACCAUGGGCGGGACGGCUGCCGUCACAUGUGCCAUCAGUGCGGUAAGGGCUUCCUGUCGAACGCUGCGCUUGAGGAUCACCUGCAGCUGCACUGUGAUCAGCGCACCUACUCCUGCCUCUUCUGCACCGAGUCCUAUGACAGAUUGGACCUUCUCAAAGUACAUGUGAGGGUUCACCAGGUCAACGGCUGCUUUUCCUGUCCUUCCUGCAAGAAAACCUUCACAGACUUCAUACAGGUAAAGAAACACGUGAGGAGUUUCCACUCAGAGAAGAUCUUCCAGUGUAAGGACUGUGAUAAAGCCUUCUGCAGGCCUGAUAAACUACGACUCCACAUGCUUCGCCACUCUGACCGCAAGGACUUCCUGUGCUCCACCUGUGGAAAACAGUUUAAGAGGAAGGAUAAAUUACGGGAGCACAUGCAGAGGAUGCACAACCCUGAACGCGAGGCCAAAAAGGAUCACAUCCACCGCACCAAAGCUCUGAAACAGAAGGAGCCCACCACUGACUUUGAGAGCUUCAUGUUUAAAUGCCGACUCUGUAUGAUGGGCUUCAGGAGACGAGGGAUGCUGGUGAAUCACCUGUCUAAACGACAUCCUGAGAUGCGUUUGGAGGAGGUUCCUGAGCUGACGCUGCCCAUCAUUAAACCCAACAGAGAUUAUUUCUGCCAGUACUGUGAUAAGGUGUAUAAAAGUGCCAGUAAGAGGAAGGCCCACAUUUUGAAGAACCACCCCGGGGCAGAAUUGCCCCCCAGCAUCCGGAAGCUGCGUCCAGCCGGGCCGGGAGAACCUGACCCCAUGCUGAGCACACACACGCAGCUGACCGGCACCAUCGCUACUGCACCAGUGUGCUGCCCGCACUGUGCCAAACAGUACAGCAGCAAGACAAAGAUGGUCCAGCACAUCCGUAAGAAGCAUCCAGAGUAUCAGUACAGCAGCAGCAGCAGCAUCCAGGCACCGCUGGCCGCUACCGUCAUCAGCAGCACUCCUGCUGUCAUCACAACAGACGGCGCUACUGCAGAGGCCGUGGUGACGACCGAUCUGUUGACUCAGGCCAUGACGGAGCUGUCCCAGACCCUGACCACAGACUACCGCACAGCACAAGGGGAUUUCCAGAGGAUCCAGUACAUCCCAGUGUCUCAGGCAGGAGGAGGCCUGUCACAGCCACAGCACAUACAGCUGCAGGUGGUGCAGGUGGCCCCGGCGUCCUCUCCUCACUCUCAGCACUCUACAGUAGAUGUGAGUCAGUUACACGACCCUCACAGUUACAGUCAGCACUCUAUUCAGGUUCAGCACAUACAGGUGGCUGAGUCUACAGGGACAGCGCAGGCCAGUGCACAGGUUUCAGCUCAGCCUCUAAGUCCCUCCUCUCAGCAAGCGGCCCAGGAGCUUAGCAACGCCCAGCUGACCCCUGUGACCCUCGCUCAGGGCCAGACUCUUCAGACGUCCACCAGUCAGACGCAAGGUGCUGCGCAGCAUGCGUACCUUCCCAGCAACUGGAACUACAGGAGUUAUCCAUCUGAGAUCCAGAUGAUGGCUCUUCCUCAUACUCAGUAUGUGAUAGCAGAGGCCAGCACCCCCGUCACUGCUACCGUCAACAGCAGUCAGGUCCAAACGACACACUAUGUGAUCUCAGAAGGACAGACGGAGCUGGAUGGUAAGCAGGUGCACGUCCCGUCCACCGCAGCCCAGGUUCACCACGACCCACUGGAGCAGCCGGCCGUCAGUCAGCAGACCACCACGCAGUACAUCAUCACCACCACCACCAACGGGACGGGUGCCAGUGAAGUUCACAUCACCAAACCCUGACCCUCGCUCUCACAUGCACUGGAGUCGCAGGAUUGCUUGAAAUGAACAAACAGAUUUCAGAUUUAUUUUCUUGAAGAGUUAAAAACAAUGAACUGAAAUAGUGAAGAUGUUUUUUAUGAAUUAAUAAGAACACUGGAGUGGUUAACUGUGUUUCUCUAGACACCCAAAAAGACCCAACCAUAUCAUGACUUUAGACCUGUGCCAUCCUGCCUCUUUUAUUAUCUUCAUUUUGGCCUCAUUAGUUUUUUUCCUCUCUUUAUUUGUUGUAAAUGUUCUCUUAAGUAUUGAGAGCUUCUGCAUUUUCAUACCUGAGUGAACCUGAUGAUAGACCUUUAAAAGGAUUUCUUCGUUUUGUUCAUAUUUCCCCACAAUAAAAGGGGUCAAGAGGUCAAAUGACCCUGACGUUUCUUUUUGAGAAUCUAGCAUCAGUCUCAAUAUUGUCUCGUUCUUUUGAUGGUUAAAGCAAAACUUCCAAGAUUAGAUCAUUCAUGCCCAGA